CGUAAUCUCCAACUUUCUUAAUGGCGUAGGGUGACUAGAAUUUGGAACCAAUGUCCCAGCAGACAUUGAAUUGGGGAUUUUGGGGCAUCUAGGGGUCUCGGCGCCGUCGCCGCCGCCGCCGCUUCUAGCUCUUCUUCUCCGUGACGGGCGCACAUCGCAGCAGGGUAGCGGGCGCAAUGGUUGGCCUUAACCGGCGAGGGCGCUAGGUUUGCCGUCCAGGUGUCCCGUCCGACGAGCUCCACACAGGUCAGCCGAGGCCGAGCGGCAAGUCACGCGCGCGGCAGCAUCGCUCUUCCCUGCCUUGAUCGGCUGACGACUUCCUCUCCUCCACCCCACCCCCGAUGGAGGAGAACCUCCCCAGCAGGCGGCCAGCAUCACCGACGAGCUCAUCGUCGAGAUCCUCCGCCGCCUCCCCGUCCGCUCCGUGUGCCGCUUCAAGUGCGUCAGCAAGUCAUGGCGCAAACUCAUCGCCGACCACGAGCACCGCAAGAAGCUGCCGCAGACGCUAUCGGGCUUCUUCUACAAGAGCAUCGACUACGAGCGCUGCCCGCACAUGGCGCGCCAUUUCACCAACGCCACUGGGAGAGGCAUGCCUCUCGUCUGCCCGACCUUCUCCUUCCUGCCCCAGUGCCACCACGUCGUCAUCUUGGAUAGCUGCAAUGGCCUCCUCCUCUGCCGCUGCCACGUGUCUCGUGAGACUUUGCAGUUCCAGUAUGCUGUGUGCAAUCCUGCGACCGGGGAAUGUGUGAUGUUGCCGGACGCCAACUGGGCUAUUGACGAGAACCGCACCGCCUGCUUGUGUUUCGAUCCAGCCAUCUCGUCGCAUUUCCAUGUGCUCGAGUAUGUGGAGGAUGAAGAGUAUGUGGAGGAUGAAGAUGAAUACGACGCACUGGUCACAGGGGUGGUGAUCUAUUCGUCUAAAACUGGGUUAUGGAGUCUCCAUGUAAAUGGAUGGGAUGAUGAAGUUAUGGUUAGCCUUCCGGUCGAUCGGACAAGGGUUUUCCUUAAUGGUUUUCUGCAUUCUGUCACGACUUGCGAUAUUGUGGCUGUUGACAUGGAGGGGAAGAAAUGGAGGAAGAUUCCCAUGCCGGAUCCUGAUGGUGAUAUUGGGAUAAUUCAUCAAACUCAGGGUCGCUUGUGUGCUUUUAAUGUUGAUCCAAAUGAUAUCCUCGAACUGUCAAUUUGGUUUCUUGAAGACUAUGAUACAGAUAAUUGGAUCUUAAAGCACACCGUUAGCUCAAUUAAUCUGUUUGGACGAAAGAAAUACCAAUUAGAUUUUGACUACCAAGUAAUUGCAGUUCAUCCAGAAUGCAAUUUGAUCUUCUUUGUUUAUGGAUGGCACAAUACUUUGAUGGCGUAUGAAAUGGAUCGCAAGGAAGUCCGUGUCAUACGCAAACUCGGACAUGAGUCAUGCCUGCCAUACCUACCAUAUGUUCCAAUGUUCUCUGAGUCAUUACCUGAUGGGUGGUGCUAACAUGCAGAGGUGCGGCUCCACUUAUGUUAUUGCAAAACCAUCUUUGUACCGUAAUGAGAAUCAGGCUUAGGGUCAGCAGCCAAUCUCUAAUAUGAAUUAUGAAUUUCUGUUUUAUCGUACUUGUGUGAUGGCUCAUUUGUGUUGUUUUGAAGAAUGUUGUGAAAUCAUAGAUGGCACGUAACUUGGCCUUUCGGAAGGUAUGUCCUGUUCUGAAGGUUAUGUCUUGUUUUUCACUGGUGUUUACCCUAUGCCCUAUGCUAGUUAAAAUUUAUGUCCUGUGUUAACAAGACAUACCUUUUGAUUGUACCAGCAGUCAGCUUAUGGAACAGUGACAAAUGCUUUGGAAGUUGGAUCAUAUGUACUUCUUUUA